AUGGAAUCGUCGGGAAUUGUAAUCUAUCUCAUCAUAGCCAUUGCCUCGGCAGUGGUGUAUUUGCUCAGGAGAAAUUUAAAUUAUUGGAAGCGAUUGGGUAUACCGCACGAGGAACCCACCAUACUUAUGGGCAAUAUGACCGGUUUACGGACUCAUCGGUGUAUGGGUGAAAUUUUGGCCACGUAUUAUAGGAAAUUCAAGGGCUGUGGUCCCUUUGCGGGUAUAUAUAAUGGCCAGAGGCCAGGUGUGGUGUUGCUGGACAAGCAGCUCAUUAAAAAUGUUCUCAUCAAGGAUUUUACCCAAUUUACCGAUCGUGGUCUGUACUAUAAUGAAAAAGCCGAUCCGCUGACGGGACAUUUAUUUUUUGUGGAUGGUGAUAAAUGGCGCAGUUUGCGUAAUAAACUCUCACCCACAUUCACGUCGGGUAAAAUGAAAUAUAUGUACCCCACGGUGCUGAAGGUGGCGGAUCGAUUUAUGACUGUUUUGGCUGAGAAGGUGGAAAAAGAUGCCAUUUUAAAUGUUCGAGAUAUUUUGGCGCGUUACACUGUGGACGUAAUCGGAAGUGUGGCCUUUGGCAUUGAAUGCAACAGCCUGCGGAAUUCGCAGGAUAGUUUCCUGCUACUUGGCCGCAAGUCCAUUGAAACUCAACGGCACAAUGCCUUGAUCAUGAUUUUGAUUGACAGCUUUCCGCGAUUGGCGAAAAUCCUUGGCAUGCGGAUACUGCCUCAGGAUGUUCAUGAGUUCUUUAUGAACACCAUUAAAGAGACGGUGGCCUAUCGGGAACAGCACAAUAUUCAGCGCAGUGAUUUUUUGCAUAUUUUAAUUGAGCUGAAAAAUUCGGUGGAUGGUAAGACGGGGCUGGAGGGUAUGGAGUUGGAGGAGUUGGCUGCUCAGGUGUUUGUUUUCUUUUUGGCUGGCUUCGAAACCUCAUCAUCGACCAUGGCCUAUGCUCUCUAUGAAUUGGCCCUGAAUCAGCAGUUACAGGAACGACUAAGGGAAGAAAUCAAUGAGGUGUAUGAAAGCACCCCGGAACUGACAUAUGAUGUUAUUAUGAACAUGACCUAUUUGGAUCAGGUGAUAUCGGAAACCCUACGCAAAUAUCCGAUUUUACCAUUCCUGAAUCGGCAGGCCCUAAAGGACUACGUUGUACCGGGUAAUCCGAAAUUUGUUAUACCAAAGGGUACACCGAUUUUCAUUCCCAUCAUGGGCAUACAACAUGAUCCGGAAUAUUAUCCCAACCCGGAGGAAUUUGAUCCGGAACGUUUUACAGCCGAUAUGGUUAAGCAACGGGAUCCCAUUGAAUGGAUGCCAUUUGGUGAUGGUCCCCGCAAUUGUAUUGGUGCUCGGUUUGCCAAAAUGCAAACACGCCUCGGAUUGGCCAGUGCCUUGAGGCGUUUCCGUUUCAGUGUUUGCCCAAAGACGCCGCUGACAUUGGCAUUCCAGGCCAAGCCUUUGGUAUUGACACCCAUCCACGAAAUUUAUCUGAAAGUGGAAGAAAUUUAG